AGAAAUUUAAACUUCAUCACAUGCAAACUAAAAAACUGUUUCAGAAAAGUACGCGCUUGUGUUUCUGUGGUGAUUUCUGAUGUGUUUGCAUCUUUUUUCCAUGACUUAAGGUCUGACCUUAACAAAAGAGAAAGCAGGUCCAGAGUUCUGCUGCUUGAAGAGGAAUCCUGACAACAUGGCAAUGAUGACGGGGCUCUCUGCUUCAGACUGAAUAUAUAUAUACAUUUACAGGAAAACAGCUGAUCCUCACACUCCUAUAUAAGUCCAGUCGUCCAACACAGUCCAGGCUCCUGAUCCUGAGUGCAACAAUGGGUCUGUUGACAGGCGCAGCAAUCGCAGCCGGGGCAGGUGGAGCAGUGGUCUCUGCUCCUAUUGUCCUGGGGGCUGUAGGUUUCACCUCAGCUGGAAUAGCAGCUAGUUCCUACGCUGCAAGCUGGAUGUCUGCAGCUGCUAUAGCCAAUGGAGGAGGAGUGGCAGCAGGUAGUGCAGUGGCUGUUUUGCAGUCAGCAGGUAUGGCAGGUCUGUCUGGGGCCGCCACCGCAGCCGUGGGUACUGUUGGAGGAGCUGUUGGAGGAUUGGUGGCUGCUCUCAUCUGAGACCAGGAAUUAUGAUAAUCAGAAAGAAAAAAUAAUAAUAGUAAUAAAUGAUAUAUUUACUGCUGCCAAUUGGAAACAGUUGCAAUACUAUCAGCGUCAUGCUUCAGCAAAGCUUGGCUGAAAUUUGAGUGCUGGUAAUGCUGUGGUGUUUUAUUACAAAACACAUGAACACGGUCAAAUUGUGCAACUUUAAAUAAAGCCCUAAUAAAAUAAUGAAAAACA